AUGACGAAGGGAACGUCCAGCUUCGGCAAGCGCCACAACAAGACGCACACCAUCUGCCGACGAUGCGGUCGUCGCUCUCUCCACAUCCAGAAGCACACCUGCGCUUCUUGCGGAUACCCCGCCGCUAAGGUCCGAAAGUACAACUGGUCCGAGAAGGCGAAGCGAAGGAAGACCACCGGCACCGGCCGCAUGCGAUACCUCAAGGAUGUCCCCCGACGAUUCAGGAACGGCUUCCAGACCGGCACUCCCGCCGGUGCCCGAGGACCCUCGAAGCCAUGA